AGAGCAGCAGACAGACAGGCGCAUGCGCAAUGAGAGUGUUUGCAAUCCUCCCUCCCUCCUCGGAGCCUGACAGCCCGUUAGCUGCUGCUGCUCGCCGGCAAUGAGACAGCAAACACGGACCCGGUGACACGACCAGAGAUGGACUUAGCGACCACUUUUACCCGCUGCACAGACGGACACCACCCACGCACGGCCGCCUGCUAACUGGAGGGGAAGCGUAUUCACCCAUCGCCAGGUUUGUUUUUGUUUCGUGGAGACUCGACGCCCGGGAGAGGAAUGGAUGCCGCUUUUCCUGCGACAUUCACCGGCCAGCUACGAAGACCACUGGAGUGCACGUCAACGUGCCAGGAGCUUCACCGAUCUCUAUGUGCCUGAUUGCUAACGUUAAUAUCGAGGAGACAAUCGUUGUAGUCAGUAAAACAAAGCCAAAGCAAGUUCUAGAGGAGCGUGGCUAAUGGCUACUGGUCACCCAACACGGCAUUAAGCUAACCAGCGGCUAGCUAGAAUUCACCAUUCUUUGUUUGCUUAAUAGCGUCACUGAGUACAGUCAGGAGUUGGAUUAAUACUUGAGCUAAGAAGAAGGACGCUGCCCAUACGUGCUUCUGCCCUCAGGGUGUUUAGCUUGAUUUUAAAGGAUAUAAAUCAUCUGACUUCUCACUUAUGGCUCGGUAGUAUCGCGGUACUACAGCUGACCCAGCUAACUAGCAUCUGUUAGCUGGUAGGUAACGCAAACAGCCGCCGGUCACUUCGUCUUUGGCUUUUAUUAAAUCCUCGACGGUGAAGAUGCACCACCAGGACUUUCCUGGAGACCCGGCCGGGAGCCGGAAAACGGCAUUCCACUACAGGAGGGGUAGCAGCGGUGCGUCUACCCCCCCCGCCGCCGCUGGCAGUGGGGUCAACGCGGUGGACGACAAUGUGAUCCAAACUGGAUCCUCCUCCCCGGGACUUCACCACCAGCCCCAGUCCCAAGUAGCUGGUGCUCAAGUGAAGAAGAAGAGUGGUUUCCAAAUAACAAGUGUCACUUCAGCUCAGAUCAACGUGAGCGGCAACAACAGUUUAGCAGAUGACACUGAGAGCUAUGAUGAUAUGGAUGAGUCGCACACUGAAGACCUGUCCUCCUCCGAUAUGCUGGAUGUGUCAGUGUCCAGGGCCACGGACACAGGGGUGCCGGAGAGAAGCUCCUCUGAUGAGACAUUGAACAGUCUCCAUGGGGUCGACACCCCCGGACUUGCGUCACCCAACGAACCCCUUCACCCUCAUUCCAUCCCUCAGGGGUCUCAGCAGCACAGCUCUAUAGUAAAUGGGACCAUACAUCAUCAAUAUUAUCCUCAGCAACAGAGCCAGUCCCACCAUCAUCAUUCUGACAGCUUGGGAGGAGGUGAACCCCCAGCACUUGCCGUUGCUCCUCUGGCUAGCUCCAGCCCAUCUAUGGCUUCCAAAGCAGGGCCUAGUAAGUCCCAGAGGACACUGGUGUUGGAUAACACAAAACCUGCAAGUGGGACAAGUCAACCAUUAGCCCCUAUGGUUGGUGGGGCAGCCACUGAUGCACAUCUACUGGGCAGUGUAAACAUAUCUAAUGUGACUGGUGUCACUGCUGCUGCAGCUCCUCCCUCUGGGUCUGCAGGUUUUGACAACACUAAUGUAAGUGGUCAAGUUGCUUCUGGUGGAGGAGGAGGAACAGGACUGUGUGCUGCUGCCCCAAACACUCAAAACCAGCACACCCAAACCCAGACAGUUACUGGCUCUCGUUUUAGGGUGGUCAAGCUAGACACCAACUCUGAGCCCUUCCGCAAGGGAAGAUGGACAUGCACUGAGUAUUAUGAAAAGGAGAUUCCUCCUCCAGCUACAUCCGAGGCACCAAAAGGUGCAGAGUUGGCAGCAGAGACUGAGGCAGCUGCAGGUGGGAUUAAUCCAGGUAUCCCUGCUGUUCAGCCACCUCACACACUGCAGCCCUAUCAGCAACCGAGCCUGGACUUCACUAGUCCUCUAGCCAUGCAUAGCCCUUCACAGGGACUGGUCCAGACUACUCCUCUGACCUAUGUUUCACCCCAAGAGGUUGUUGGUGGAGCUCACGUGCCUAAACCCAUGGCACCUGUCACUCUUCCUACAGCAACACCACAACCAAGUGGAAGUCAGCCUAUGCCUGUCAUACCCCACCAGUUGCCCUAUUCUGUGGACCCCCACCAGGCACAAACCCAGGGAGGUUACCCAGCACCUCAGCUCCAUGCAGGGGUCAUGACCCAAGGAAGCAUCCGUCAGCCAGACUUCAUCCAGCCCACUGCUCCCUUCCAGACUCAGGUCCAGCCUCCUCUGUCACAUGUUACAACGGGAAUCCCCACAGUACCAGUUCCAGGCCUCCCUGCACAGCCAGUAGUCAGCAUUACUCAGCAGCUGCCCCAUCAAGGUCAGAUAGCCCCUGCUCCAGGAUCUUUUGUUGCAGGACAGCCACAGACCCUCCCAUCUCAACCCCUACAUCACCAACAGCCACAAAUCCAGCCCCAAUCCACUGCCACAGUUCCAGUUGUGCCCACUUACGGGAGCCCCUACAUGCCUCUGACUGCACUGCAAGCUGACCUCCAGCCCAUUCUCACCCCAGGCACGACCCUCACCCACGUCCCUGUAGGAGGGAGCUCCAUAAAAACCUCCCAUCUGGAGGACGCCCAGAGGCUUCUGCUCCAGCACCAAGGCCUGCUGGGCCUUCCCAGGCUGGCGGUGGCAGUAGGUGGAGACAGGGGCUUAGAGGCCAGCGGUGCUGCUGGAACACUGGCCCACAUGGGGAUGUCAGCUGAAGCCAGUGCCUUAAUGGUCGCUGCUGCUGCAGGCCUCAGGAGUCAGCAUGCUGAAGGAGAGGAGGACAGCUCUUCUGGUGCAAGUGUGGUGGCCAUUGACAACAAGAUCGAACAAGCAAUGGACCUGGUGAAAAGCCACCUUAUGUACGCUGUGCGCGAGGAGGUGGAGGUGCUGAAGGAGCAGAUCAAGGAGCUGAUCGAGCGCAACACUCAACUGGAGCAGGAGAAUAACCUGCUCAAAAACCUGGCCAGCCCCGAGCAGAUGGCCCAGUUCCAGGCACAGGUCCAGACCGACUGCUCCCCGACAAGCGCCGCCCAGCCCCCAGUCCCGGUCGGAACUACACAAGUCCUCCCCUCUGCACAGAACUCCAGCUCGUCUGCGUAACACAGAACCUGCACACUGAAGAGCUCCUGAAGGAUGAGAGAUAGAGGGGAUGGAAGGAAGAAGAUGAGGAGGAGGAAGGAGUCUUGCCAUACUGUGAACUGACUCUAGCAUCAACACCGACUUUGCCACCGUCUCAAGGACACUUCAUCUUAACCCGGAUGACGAAAAACAACUUUCCUUUGUUGCACAUCUUUAUUUAACUGAAAAACUUUGGAGUUGUACCGGCGUGUGUUUUUAAUUUUGCUUCGUCGCUGACUUUUGCUUCAGACAAUCGUCAUGCUGGUCGUCGCAGUGAUGUCGAGAAGGACGGAGCUGACAGGAACCGACAGUUGUCUAGGGCCACUGGAGGAAGGAGGAGCUAUAACGCAUAGUUUCGGCCAAUCAGGGGGAGCACGCCGCAUGCUCUUGUCAGUGCCGUUGAAUUCCGUUGUAGUGUGACCACCCCCCGUCCCCCGUGGAAAGUGUGCCAUCGCCCUGCCCCACGCUGUUCAUCUGCACACAUUUUUUUACUCAGCAGCUUCUUGUUUGGUUUUUUUCUUCUUCUUUUUUUCCCCCCUUCUCACGUUUGAACUUUUUUCCGAUGAUGCCGACAGCGGACGAAGAUUUGCACGUCCCAUCUGGAAUGGGACUCAAAUAAUCGCGCUGACAUUUUUUCUGGGUCUCAACCCUCACAGCAUCUGAAUACAAUGAGAGGACUUUAUUUUCUGGGUUGAGGUUAUUGUGAAAGAAAAAAAAAAGAUAUUACCUGUCUCAUUGUUCACUUUGAGAACUCUGUGCUCUUUCUGCGGUUCACGUUGCCGUCCCCACCCUAACGUUCUUGCCCCUUCUUGGAUGGAGCAUUAAACAUUUAUGCAGGGAAUCCUUGUUUAUUAGGGUGGGCUGGGAAAGGAUGAUAAUUUGUUUUUGUCUUGUUUUCCUUUUUUUGCUGUUAUUGGUGUAAUAAUUGUUUGUAAAAAUAAAUAACAGAGAGGCGAAUAAAUAGGACAUGACUGUUUCUAGGUAGUGAACUUUGUACAUAUGACAAAUGUCCAAUUAAACUCUUCCAAGUGCCUGG